AUGUUAAUCAUCUGCUGUAUUGGAAUCCCAUUAAAUGGAAUUGUUAUCUGGCUUCUUGGUUUCCAGAUUAAGAGAAACCCUUUCACUGUGUUGAUUCUGAAUUUAGCAAUUGCUGACUUUGGAUUACUUGUAUCUUUGGCUAUAUUUUGCACUUGUUUUAUUAUAUACUUCUGGAACUUCACAAUUCCUUCAAUGAUUCUCUCCCACAUCAUGUAUAUCAAUGGUCUCUUUCUUCUGGCAGCCAUCAGCAUUGACCGGUGUAUGUGUGUCCUCUUCCCAAUCUGGCAUCGCUGUUCCCGGCCAAAACAUUUGUCCCCUAUUAUCAAACGUAGAAAACUGGUAGUGAUGAUCUUAAUUACUCUUCUCUGUUUCCUUAUUUUUAAUCUUCCAUUAAACAUUUACGGGUUCUAUGCUGUUUAUAUUCAUAUUAAUAAUAAUCCAGUUUUUUUCUUCUCUAAGUUCAUAUAUUUCGGUGCUUCCCUAAACAGCAGCGUUAAUCCUGUGAUCUAUUAUCUGGUUGGGAGAAAGAGACAAGCUCAGACCAGGGAGAGCAUCAAGGUCGUUUUUCAAAGAGUCUUCAAGGAAGAUGGAGCUCCUGAAAGCAGAGAGAUAUCUACAAACAGAGCUUCAACCCCUCUGUAAAAAUGUAGUUUUAACUUGUUUCUAAUCUUGGAUAUCCCUUGACUACAAAAAUAAAAUAUAAAUCUCUUUUUGUUUCCCUCAAAAAAGUAUG